AUGAACAACUUAUCAGAAAAAAGUGUGUGGUUCGCUUUGGAUGAGGUCAACUGUUUCUUUGAAGACAUUGAAGAUUUUUUUUGUUUCGCCAAAGUAAACGAUAAAAAGGGAUUAUUAACGAGAUUCACCACGGCACUGAUUGAUAUGAUUGGACAAAUAAAAGAGAAAUCAACAGACAAGCGUAAUUGUUUAAAUGUUAUUAUGUCAUUAAGACCUGCAACCUUAAGUGUUAAAAUAGUAACGAUUAAAGAAGCAAAUCAAAUUCUUGAAGAAGAAUAA